AUGGGGCUCCUGGCAAACUACUACGAGGCGCUGGCCAAGAAUGGUCGCCUCGAUCUCCUGCUUCUCUUCGGCAUGUACGACGAGCGCGUUUAUGAGGUCGUCGAUCGUCAUCACCUGGCCGAUGCCAUUGUGAAGAUGCUGCCGUCCCCGCGCGCGGCCUUGUUUCUCGCGCGCGGCAUGGUCUACGACUGCGUUAGCGAGGUUGUUAUACGCGACUUCAUCAAGAUUUGCAUGCUGCUGUCGCGCUACAAGACCGUGGAGGAGGGGGCAAGCCUCGCCGAACUCAUUGGCAGCUGCGGGAUUCCGGAGCAAUACCGGAUGAACAUGUUUAACUUUAGCGAGACCUAUCGUCACAUGAUCUUGUCGAAGUCGUACUUUCCUCAACGGUCGGUGCUGCGGCUUUUGUCCUACAUUUUCUGCGACGACGUCCUCUCCGACGCCGUGGCCCAGCUGCAGUACAAGUCGGACAUCUUAAACCACGUGAAUAAGGUCUACGUGGACACCCCGGACUUUGUCUCGUGGCGUUUUUCUGUGCGUGUCAUGUCACUCGCGGGAGGCUACAACGAGGACCGCAGCGAUGUCGAGUACACAGAGGCGUUAACCCGCGUGGUCACGCGCACGCUUCCGGAGUUUUUUGUUUACUUUACCGCAACCUUUGCCUACGCCAUGUUUCGUCACUAUCCGCGGCGUGUGCGUGGCAUUACCCCGCGGUGGCUCGCUCGGCAUCGCGCACUUUUUUCUGCCACCUAUUCUGCCAUCUUGGGCGUCUACGUCAAUUCCUACCUUGAGUACCGCAUUCACAAGCAUCGGAUGCUGUACGAACUACGUAAAAGUCAAGAGUACCGUCGUCGUCGUGGUGCGACAAAGCGCGGGAUUGAGUACCAUGAAAACAAGUACUUUGAUAAUCUUGAGGGCGUCACGCGCCGCGUCUACGCGAUGCAGACCAGGGCGUACGGCAUCACUGGGGGGGCGCUGCUUCUUUCCAUGCUGCCGCUUGCUCCGGUGAAGUUCCCGAAGUGGAUGGGGGAUGUUGCCUGGCGUCACCCCUUCGUCCCGCGUCUCUUCCCGGCUGUGUUGGGGAUGCACACGGCGUCGCGGUGCCUCGUGCCCUUUGUUUUUGCCCCCUUUGUGACCCUGACAAUUGCACGGUUCAACGGCUGGGGAGCGACACUGUAUGACCGUUACGUGGAGUGCCGCAUGCGGAUGUGGUACCGCAAGGUGGAGGUGGCUUUUGAUACAUCGACGGAUGUCGCGGAUGUCGACAUCACAAAAGAUUCACCCAAGAAACUGUUUUAG